UGUUGCUCCAUCUCCAGAUCGGAUCACGGUGAGGGAAAGAUGAGCGAGGAGACGGCGACUUCUGACAACGAUAAUAGUUAUGCACGAGUGCGAGCUGUGGUGAUGACCCGGGAUGACUCAAGUGGUGGAUGGUUACCACUAGGAGGAAGUGGACUGAGCUGUGUCACUGUUUUUAAAGUCCCUCACCAGGAAGAGAAUGGCUGUGCUGACUUUUUUAUCCGUGGAGAGCGACUCAGGGACAAACUGGUGGUUUUGGAAUGUAUGCUUAAAAAAGACCUCAUUUACAAUAAGGUCACGCCAACAUUUCACCACUGGAAGAUUGAUGACAAGAAAUUUGGCCUUACCUUUCAAAGUCCUGCUGAUGCAAGGGCUUUUGAUAGAGGCAUUCGAAGAGCUAUAGAGGAUAUUUCUCAAGGUUGCCCAGCAUCAAAAAAUGAUGCUGAAGGAACAGAAGAUGACUUACAAGCAACUGAAGAGGAAACUUCCAGUUCUUUAGUGAAAGAUCACAUUUUUCAGCAAGAGACAGUUGUUACCAGUGAGCAUUAUAGAAGCUUAAGACCAUCUGCCUUUGAAGAUCUGAAUGCCAGAAGAGUCCUUUUGCAAAGCCAGGCCAAUCAGGUCCCAUUGAAAUCAAUCCGACAUGUCAGCUUUCAAGAUGAGGAUGAGAUUGUCAGAAUAAACCCUCGAGAUAUCUUAAUACGUCGCUAUGCAGAUUACAGACAUCCUGACAUGUGGAAAAAUGACUUGGAGAGAGAUGAUACUGACUCCAAUAUUCAGUUUUCUAAACCAGACAGUAAAAAAUCAGACUAUCUGUACUCUUGUGAAGAUGAUACUAAGUUAAAUUCAUUCAAAGACCCUGUGGUAUUUAAGACACAGCCUCCCUCAUUAAAAUUUAAAUCAAAAAGAAGAAAAGAAGAUGGUGAACGUUCUCGCUGCGUAUACUGCCAGGAAAGGUUUAAUCAUGAAGAAAAUGGCAGGGGAAAAUGUCAGGAUGCUCCAGACCCUAUUAAAAGAUGCAUUUAUCAAGUUAGUUGCAUGCUCUGUGCAGAGAGCAUGUUGUAUCAUUGUAUGUCAGACUCAGAGGGAGAUUUUUCUGAUCCCUGUUCAUGUGACACUAGCGAUGACAAGUUCUGCUUACGAUGGUUAGCUCUAGUAGCUUUGUCGUUCAUUGUACCAUGUAUGUGCUGCUACGUCCCUUUAAGAAUGUGCCAUCGAGGUGGUGAGGCCUGUGGGUGCUGUGGUGGGAAACAUAAAGCUGCUGGAUGAAAGGAUCCAGUGCCAAAAUGAGCUUAAAAUCUUUGUUUCCAGGAAUUAGCUAACUUGGAUUGUGGAAGCUUUUGGCAAGCACUAUGAAGUCUUGCCUGGUAUCAUUGGGGCCACACGUGGAGGAAGCGGAACUCAUCAGUUCUUGGCAUUUCACAAACGCUAGCCAUGUCUAACUUUUACCCUUAAGUGCAUGGCGUGUUUUGUCACGGGUUGCAGAGUAUUUGCAAAAGGAAACCAUUUCUGGUCAUUGGCUAUAAAACAUGAGCAUAAAAUAUGACCCAAUUAAAAGGGAUUAAUUUUCGACAGUUUUGUAUAUUUAAAUAUGCAUUAGGUGAUGGGACUUUUAAAGGUUUGAAUUCAUUAGGACAUGCAGUAGGGGACAGUUGAUUUCAGUCUAAGAAAAGUUAACACUUGGGAAUUAUAACAAGUAAAACAAGUGCAACUAAAUCAUUUAUUAGUUGUUUUUUGAAAGCAGUUUUAUGUAUAAAUAACAAAUGUUUAUAUUUAACUAAAUAUAAGUAAGGUACGAAUUAUUACAUAUUAAACUUUUCUUCCCCUUCCUAGUUCUGAAGUAGAUGUACAUAUAUCUACUGUCACAUUCCAUUAUAUUUUGAAUGUUUUACUCAUCUAGUUAAUAAUGUUUUUAUUCCACGUGAAUUAUUUGGUAUUUUCAUUCUCAUUUCCCUUUGGCUACAGUUUAUAUUGAGUUAUACCUGUACAUUCUGGUAAUCUGAAAUCCUUAAAAAUAUUCUAAUAGCCUUGAGUGACCAACUUUUUUUUUUUAAAGCACAGAUGUACUUGUCUAAUGUUCUGAUGGUAACUUAACACUUAUUUUUAUAUAAAAAAAGACUGAGUAAACAUAGAAAAAUGUGAGGUUUUUGGGGUUGUUGGUUUUGUGUAUGUGUGUGUGUGGUAUCCACCCAGCAAGUUGUUUUCUUUCAGAGUUUCCGCCUUCAAAAAAAAUCAUAUUGCAUUUACAAAUGUUUCACAAGGCAAAAAGUGUAACUGGAUAGUUAGUAUAAAAGUUUCCUCCUGAGAUCUUCAUUUAUCAUUGUGUUAAACCAGAAUAUGUUCAGCUGUGUUACUAAUAUUUUAGCUUAAUCCUUAAUGCUUAUUAAUAAGAAUGAUAACUUUUCUCAGUUGCAUUUUAUUUUACUUAAACUGGCCCCAAAAAAUUAUUUUAUGCUAAAAUGUGUGCUAGAUGAUCCCAGGAAAAUAUUUAAUCCAACAUUGUGAGUGAAAUAGCUUGUACAUGUAAAUUCAUUUCUUUUGCAGAGCAUUGUUACUGGAUGUUCAUUACAAAGUAGUUGGAUAAAUGUUCCAACUUUUUUUUUUUUUUUAAGAACUCUGAGAUCAAGGUCAAAUUGUCCUUUUUUUUUUUUUCUCCUAAGUGUUACAUUACAACUCUAACCAAGUAAGGGGUUCUUUAAGAACAUUCCCUUAGAGGGAUAAAGUUAAGAAGUGUGCCUUUUUUUAAUGGCUUGAAGUUUCAGAGGUGAUAAAAAUUAGAAUCACACUACCAUUUGAAGCUCAUUUUCUAUGCAGGUUUUAAAUGUCAUUUUAUGUAUCAUUCUUUUUUACAUAUCACACUUAAACUUGUGUUAGCUUUCUUCUUUUGCCCUGAUCAAACAGAACAAUGUAUAUAACACUAUCUGUCUGUAAAAUACUUUUUUUAAGAAAGCAUUUAUAUUUAUAUGACAGCUUGAACUGACAUUAUGUAUAUAGAUCAUCUUGAAGUAUUAUUUCACAUUGAAAAGAAGAAAAAUAUAUUGAUAACUAUAGAUGUUAUGAAGAAGAGGUUAUUUCUAGUUUUGUACUAAAAAUCAAUUGGAUGAACUAAAUCCAAACAUGACACUGUAGCAGCAAUUUUAAGUCUUAUUUUUACUGUUUAUAUAUUUGGACGCUGCUACGCCAGAUGAUCUUCAUCCCUGAAGUUUUCAGCUAAACUUGGUUUCCUAGAAUAGACUGUUAACUUUCAAAAUUACUUUUUAUCAGUAAAAUGGAAAUACUGGUUUUCCUUAUGAGUGACUUCAUAUUUGUAAGUGUUGAGCUUAUAAUUCAGGUUUGAGCAAGGUGUGAAUCACUGAAGAAAAUAACUUGCUGGACAUAUAGGAAAAUGCUGUGGAAAUGAACUGUAUAUAUACUUCUGGGAAGAACAAAUUUAAUCAUUUCUUCUGUUAAGCACUAAUCAGUAUAGUGCAACUCCUGGUUCUGUACUGUAUUUUAUAUGCAACAUAUAUGCUUUAAUAUUUUAAUGUUUGUGCAUUAAUAUUUUCAAUUUGUUUAACCACUUUGCUGCUAAGAAUUUGCCAUCCCAUCCCCAUUUUUCCUUUACAAUUUUAAACAAGUUUCUUCAUUAAAAACUAUGGUGAUGAAAUGGUUUUUAUUUUACCUUGGAUCUUUAUAGUUAACACAUCCAGUUUCCAAAUCAGUCUUGAAGACUGGCUGAUAAUAUGUAUAACCUGAACCCCUAUGUAGAAAUUUUCUCUUGCAUCAAAGAAUCCUUAUUUGAAAAGUAAUAGGUAGUUUAAACUUCUGAUUCUUAAAAUGUGUGUGUAGGUACAUUCAAGAACUUUUCUUGUUCUGAAUUUAAGCUUGGCACUGCCAAUUUGCUUUUCCUCUAAAACUUUCUCUUUGCUUUUAAUGUGGUAGUAUAAGCAAAUGGCUAAACUAAACUGAUAGGUAAUUUUUUUAAAUAUUGAAAAUGAAAUUAUGAUGACAUGACAAGAAAGACUUUGAUCUGGCCUGAUAGCUUUUGUUCAGAAUUAAUAAUAACAUUUUUUCCUACCUUGAAGGAGGAAAAUCAUUUGAGUUUUGAAGAUAUACGAGGUGUGGAACUUCAGCACCACCUUCUGGAUGACUUAUGGACCAGUGAUAUGAUAUGGUAAUUGGGCCUGACAGGGUUCAUUACCACUUUCAGUAAAGGGCUAUAUAAGUGGUGGCCACCUUCAAAUUGAGAAAACAGGAGUAAGAAAUAUCUCAAAGGAACUGUAAAGUGAAUCUUACCCCUAAUGUGUCUUGGUUGUUGAAAGAUUUCAAGCACUUUUUUUUCCUACAUAUCCUGUUUUAAAAUAUUUAUUGAUAUUUGGAACUGGCAAUCAAGCAUAAUGGAUGUGCUAAAGCAUUUAUAGUGCUAAAGCAUUUAUAGACUCAAUUCUUUUAAUCACAAAAACCAUUACCAAAAUGGUAUUAUUUUUCCUCCCAUUACCAGAGAGAGUUUUUUUAAAAAAUAAACAUCAUCUAUAUUUCAUCAUAACUUAAGAAAGUCUGUUUGUAUGUCUCUGGGAUGAUUGUUGAAAUGGAGUUAAAAGGGGGAAAUCUUGAAACUACCUACUAUCAUUGGUUAUUCAGCAGUGCCUAAAACUUUUGAAGUAAUACAAAUGUACUUAUUAAUUCAUGUGUAUAGUGCCAUCUGGUAUCUUAGGUAAGUUACUUUUACUUUUCUCUCCCACCACUCAAUUAAACACCCCAGAAAUGGCUCUUAUUAUCCAUGUAAAGACUCCUAAAAAUGUUUCUUUUCUUAAAAUGUAAUUCAGGCUUUAUUGUUUAACUUUGGAAUGAAUGUGUCUUAAGAUUGGCUUUUUAAAUUUUAGCCCAAAGAUAAAAUUAAGCACGUAUUAUAAUUUUCUACUUAAAACAUUAAAAACUCUAGUUACUUGAGUAACAAAUUUCUUCACUAAAUAUUCUCAUUUUUAAUUUCUAAGAAUCACAUUUUUAAAUAUAAGGAAGAAACACUAGAAAUUCACGUUAUUGUUGCACUAAAAAAUUUUUUCUUCCAUAAACCACAGUAAUAUCACCAUAAGGGGUUUUGCAAUCACAUGGACUCAUACACACAGAAGGAAAUUAUAACCUGAGGUGAUUAAUAUAAACCAAAAAAAGGGCUUUAAGGUAUAAGGUACUUUUUGCCUAGCAGCCAGGUGGUUAUAAAACUUUCAUAUGCUUUGAUAGACUUGGUAAAUGUUACCCAUUGUCCUUGAAAGCUCCUUAAAAUGCAUAAGUUGCUAGUUUUUAAAUUUUUUAAGAGUAGUCUAGUUAAAAAACCUUUGUAUUAAAGAUAAACAUAGAUUUUUGUGAACAUUGCUAGUGUAUAGUGUCAUUUGCUUUCUAUUCUUGACCUCAAAAGUGCCUCACUUGUAUAUAAUAUCCAUUAGAAGCUUGACUGCAUUCUUUCUAAUAAGCAAUGAAAAUUGUUUAAUUCAUGUCAUAAUGUAUCUCCUAAGUAGUUUACUAGCUUGAUAGUUUUGGGUAUUUAAUGUAAAUAUGCAUAUAUAUAUAAGUUUGUAACUGUUUUUGUUACAUCAUUCCCAUGUAAUUGGACAUACCAGAUGAUAUAAGAAUUUGUUUUAAUUACCUGAUUAAACCUAUCAUGAAAUAUAAAAGGACUUUUUCUUACUCUUAUGGAGCAUAACAAACUAUCAAAUAAGAGAUACAAAAGGCAGUAAUAAAAAGAAAACUUUUGAUCAUAAUUUUAAGAUACAUUUUUUAACAGAAAGAUCAUGUGUAGUUCAUCCUGAUGACUGACUUACUCAUCUUUGUAUCCAAAUUUUUACCUAGUCUUGUUACCUAAUCAGUAUAUUUACCCGUUUGGCAACAAUUAGUUAAAAUAAGUCUGGAUUCCUUAAAUUAUGGAUGUGAAAUUUUUGCUCCCAAAAACAACUACUGAAUUUUUAGUACCCAAGUCAGUUUCAGAGUUUCAUUUACCUUGUAAUAUAUGCAAAAAUAAUCCAAAUAAAAAUAGGGUAACAUUUUGAAGAAUCAGUGUAUUCCAACACCAGAAUAACUUUUUACUGUAUUACUAUACUUAUUUGAAAAAAUCAAGAAUUAGUUAUCUAUACCUUUACUGUGAAUUAUGAAAUGUAGUCUCGUGCUUAUUUACAAGUUUUCAGAAAUCUGCUUUAUAUUCCACAUCAAGUUAGUAUUAACAAUUAGGUAGAAUAGUUUUUACAUCAGAAACUGAAACUAGGGUUCCUACUUAACUGUCAGUAUAGUGUCAAGCACACAGUGGUCCUUAAAAGUAAAAAAUAAUUGGUAUCAAUACAA